AUGGAUAUCGUCUUAGAGCUGACCGAUACUUUCAUCGCCGACUAUGUCUACGCAUGGGCGCACCCUGCGAAGCCUGCCCCUUAUGACUAUCCCGCAGGAACUGCUGCCAACACGACCGCACAAACGUUCUCGUCAUGGACAUGGGAACCCGCCACACAACUCCUCCAGUUCCAGCCGUCGCAAGCAGCGUACAUGAGCGCAUGGACGCGUGACAAUGUAUGGCGGCAGCUGAUCACGCUCUAUUUUAUUGUUUGGAUUUUCGGCCUUGUCGUGUACUUCGCGUUCGCCUCGUUGUCCUAUUACUUCAUCUUCGACAAGAGGACCUUGAACCAUCCCAAGUUCAUCAAGAACCAAAUUUGGCUAGAAAUCCUCCAGGCCAAUAAGUCCAUGCCGUUCAUGGCCCUCUGCACCGCACCUCUCAUGGCCCUCGAGGUGCGCGGCUUCAGCAAACUCUACGACACGACCGAGCAAGGCCCGGGCAUGUGGUACAACUUUGCGCAAUUCCCCCUGUUCCUGGUGUUCACAGACUUCUGCAUCUACUGGAUUCACCGAUACUUGCAUCAUCCUCGCGUCUACAAGCAUCUCCACAAGCCUCACCACAAGUGGAUCAUGCCGACGCCGUACGCCAGCCACGCUUUCCAUCCGUUGGAUGGGUUUGCGCAGUCCCUGCCGUAUCACAUCUUCCCAUUCAUCUUCCCACUCCAGAAGGCGGCUUAUGUCGCUCUCUUCGUCUUCGUCAAUUUCUGGUCUAUCCUCAUACACGAUGGCGAGUAUUUGACCAAUAACCCAGUGGUCAACGGAGCAGCUUGCCAUUCUCUUCACCAUUCGCGUUUCGAAGUCAACUACGGACAAUUCUUCACGGCAUUUGAUCGCCUCGGUGGUACUUACAGAACACCUGAGGCUUGGAUGUUCGAGAAGGAGAAGAAGAUGUCAGAGAAGCAGUGGAAGGCAGAGUCUACAAAGGUGGAUAAUUUUGUGAAAGAGAUUGAAGGCUCCGAUGAUCGCACUUACGACCCUCCAGUUGACAAGAAGAACAUCUGA